AUGGCUUCUCGAACAUUGCGAGUGGCCGUCACGCAAGCCGAGCCAGAGUGGCUCGACCUGCAAGGCACCGUCGACAAAACAAUCCACCUCAUAGAAGAGGCCGCCAGCAACGGCGCGAAACUGAUCACCUUCCCUGAAGUCUGGAUCCCCGGAUACCCAGGCUGGAUUUGGGCACGUCUCGUCGACCCAGCGCUGGGAGCCCGCUACAUCCAGAACUCCAUGCCCGCCACGGGCCCCGAAAUGCAAGCAAUCCAAAAAGCCGCAAAGCAGCACUCCAUCGCUGUCGUGCUGGGCUUCUCGGAGCGCACGCCCUCAAAUAGUCUCUACAUCUCACAAACCAUCAUCUCGCCCGGCGGCGAGAUCCUCCUCAAGCGCCGCAAAAUCAAGCCCACCCACAUGGAACGCACCGUCUAUGGCGAAGGCUCCGGCAGCGACCUGACCAACGUGGUGGCCGUGGAUUUCGGCGGCACCGUUGGUAUCGUCAAGAUCGGGACGCUCGCGUGCUGGGAGCACACGCAGCCCCUGCUCAAGUACAAUACGUACUCGCAGGAUGAGGUCAUUCACGUGGCCAUGUGGCCGCCGCUUGAUGCGUUCGGCGCCCAGCCCGCGCCCGAGAACCCCGGGCUCUUCAGCAUGAGCCACGACGGCGCGUAUUCGCUGUCGACUACGCAUGCUAUUGAGGGAGGCACCUACGUCCUAUACACAACGGCUGUAUGUACAGAGAAAGGGAUCGAUACGUUUGACUCCAAGCAGGGACUGAUCUUCCGGGAGCCGGGCGGGGGGCACGCUGCGGUGAUUGGACCGGAUGGCCGGCGCCUGACGAAGGAGCUGGAGGGCGGCCCGACAAAGGAAGGGAUUCUGUAUGCGGAUUUGGAGCUGGAUAAGGGCCUGGGUGUAAGGGCGUUUACGGAUGUGGUGGGGCACUAUGCGAGGCCUGAUUUGCUGUGGCUGGGCGUGGACAGGCAGGAGAAGAAGUGCGUGGUGGAGAGGCCGAGGGAGCAGCAGUAG